GAUUUGAGAGGGGCGGAAGUGACGUGCGGGUGGCAUGGUGGCCGGUCGGCGGUGGUGAAGAGCAGUAAGAGAAGCCGCGUGAGUGGCGGCGCGAGCCGGGUGCUGCUGACGUGCCCGAGAGAAGACUGUAAUUUCUGCUAGAUUGAAAAUUGAAAGACAAUGUCAUCUUACAAACCAACUGUAAUUCAGAACUACCCAAAACUUGGGAACAAGGUCACACGGGACACAUUAUACUGGAAAAAUUACAAGAGUCCUGUUCAAAUAAAAGAGUUUGGUGCCGUGACAAACAUAAAUUUUUCUCCAAUUGCUCCCUACAAUUAUGCAGUAACUGCUUCCACAAGGAUCAACAUAUAUGGUCGAUAUUCUCAAGAACCCUUAAAAACAUUCUCCAGAUUUAAGGACACAGCAUAUUGCGGUACAUACAGGGAUGAUGGAAAGCUGCUUGCUGCAGGCAGUGAGGAUGGUAUUGUUCGCCUUUUUGAUGUUGGUGGUCGAGCAGCUCUUAGACAAUACAGUGGACACACUAAAGCAGUUCAAGUCACUGCGUUUACCUCUGACAAAUAUCGUUUGAUGUCUGGAUCAGAUGAUUAUUCAGUCCGGCUUUGGGAUAUUCCGAGUUCGACAGAACUUCACUCCUUUAAAGAACACACUGAUUAUAUACGAUGUGGUUGUACCAGCAAUUUGAAUGCAGACCUGUUUGUUACAGGUUCUUAUGAUCAUACGGUGAAAGUGUUUGAUGCCCGAAUGGAUAAAAGUGUAAUAACUAUGGAACAUGGACAGCCAGUAGAGAGUGUGUUGCUUUUUCCAUCAGGCGGACUUCUAGUAUCAGCAGGUGGGCGGUAUGUUAAAGUGUGGGAUAUGUUGAAAGGAGGACAGCUGCUGGUUUCGUUACGAAACCACCACAAGACCGUCACCUGCUUAUGUCUAAAUAGCUCAGGACAGAGGCUGCUGUCAGGCUCACUUGAUAGGCAUGUGAAAAUCUACAGUACAUCCACGUACAAAGUAGUCCAUAGUCUGGAUUACGCAACAGCCAUUUUGAGCUUGGCUUUAGCACCUGAAGAUGAAGCUAUUGUUGUUGGAAUGACUAACAGUGUCUUGAAUAUCCGUCAUCGGAAACGCAAUGAAAAUAAGCAAGAAAACAGGAAAAGGGGACCAUCUUACAGAUAUUUCAUAAAAGGAAAAGAUUACAUGCCAAAAAAGGAUGAUCUUUUGGUCAGUAAGCCAGUGAGGUCUCACCUGAAGAAGUAUGACAAACUAUUGAAAAGUUUCCAAGUUUCUCUUGCACUUGAUGCUGUUUUGGAGUCAAAAGUCAGGGUAAAGACGCCAGAGAUUACCACAGGUGUAAUGCAAGAACUUAACCGGCGAGGUGUACUUCAAAAUGCACUUGCAGGAAGAGAUGAAAAACAGCUCAGCGUUCUCCUUAGCUUCCUUAUCAGGAAUGUUGUUGAUCCAAGGUUUACACCUGUUCUAAUAAAUGUUGCAGAGAUUAUUAUUGGCGGGAACAGCUUCUCCUUCUCUACUCUAUCCAGCAUUCAUGAUUUUGAAAGCCUCUAUCAAAUCUUGAUAGGAAGGAAGACAGGAUUGAGUAGGUCAUUCAGCCCCUUGAGCCUGCCCUGCCAUUCAAUAAAUCAUGACUGAUCGAACACUUCAAUGCAUUCGCUCCAACCUGCGGCAUGCCCUGAAAUGUUACUGACUGCUGUCCAUGUUAGAGACCCAGAGAAGCAAGCAGUGGGCUUGAAUUACUAGCUACCCACUUUCACAUUGGGAAUUGUUGCUGUCUAGAUUUUCUCUGGUGCAUAGGAGAAUAGGAGACCGCCUAUCGGUGAGGUGGGAUUAAACACUGAUAGUGUGCAAAUACAUUCAGGUAUGCCACUUACUGCUCAUUAGUGAGAAUCUUGUCUCGCCAUUUAAAGCAGGAUUGCAAAACUAGACAUUAUUCAGGGACUGGGAAAAUUCCACAUUGUCUUUGAUCUCUACUCCAAGCUCUCUUCUCUAUUCAUUGAAUCCAUCCUUCUCUUUGGCAAGUGUCUGAAACUAAACCAAACUUCUCACAACAUUGGAAUCAUACUUGAUCCCGAGGUGAGCUUCUGACUGUAUAUCUGCCUCGCUAACAUUGUGAACUCUCCCCUCUAAAGUAUCACCUGAUAUCAUCCAUUCCCUAGCACAUCAGCUACUGAGCCCUAAUUCAUGUUUCCUGUUAUCUCUAGACUUGAUUAUUCUAACAUUGUUUGUGCUGGCCUCCAACAUUUUAUCCCCUGUAAACUGGAGGUCACCCAAAUCUCAGAUCAUGGAUGAACAUCAACCCUGUGACUUAAUAUUUCUUUGUAGCUCAAUAUCUAAAUCUACUCUGUAAUACUCCUGUGAACCUUGAGAUGUCUAUUAUGUUGAAGUUGCUGUAUAAAUAUAAAUGGUUUACUACAGCGUAAAUUGUCUAUGGAAAAUAUAAGCUCAUUUAGCCAAUAUAUUCCCUGUUUAAACUAUAUACAUUGGCAUGAUAUGUAACCAUCAGUAUUGGUGGAUUAGUAAUAUCUCAAAUAUAAUAAGCAAAAAUGUUGUUUUAUAAGAACAUGAGGAAUAUAGCAGGUUUGGGUCUAUUGGGUCUAUUCUGCGGUUGAAUAAGAUCAUUGCUAAUCAUCUACCUGAUCUCCACAUUCCCAAAGUAUCCCCACAAUCCAUUGAUUCCCUUUGUAUCUAAAACUUUUUUUGAGUGGAGACAUUUAUCAUUAUUUCAGCUGUAAAUGGUCCAUCACAUAUUUUAACACUGUGAACCCAAGUUCUUGAACUAGCCUUUUAAAAUUAAUUUGCAAGUAUGUAAGUGAAAGGGUUAACUUUCCAGUCUAUAAUAAACUAUGUUAGAAUUUUAUGAUGAUAAGAAUGUACAUUUGCAAAGUAUUUGUAAAUUGUGAAGGUGUGAUGAAAUCAUCCAUUUCUGUCUAUUUCUUUGUGCUGAGCAAAACAGCAACCUCUGAGUGGUAACAUUAAUGGUACAAACAGUUCCAAGACUUGCUAGGUAGCAGUAUUCAGUUCUUCCCAAUAAUAGGUGAAAGGUUUAUUGCGAAGUUUUCAAAAAGUGACUUACAUUAGUUCAGGGAUCACUGAAGAGAGUUGAAAGAUUUGUAGAAAGUUUGAAGACCGAUUGCAGAAGAAGGUAACAGGAAUACAGACCUCAUGCUAGACUGUACUGCUAAAGGCAGCCAAACUACAUGGGUUUUGCACAAUGAGGACGCAGGGAAGUUUAAAGUAGUUGAAUAGUUCUAUUUAGUGAGGACUCAAGGAAGCCAUGGGAGCUAAAGUGUACAUUAGUAAUUUAGUACAGAUAAGCAGGGGUCGAAAGACCCAUGGGCAGGAGGACAGUUUUUUUUUAUUUGUUUGAUUUUUUUACAUGGACAUUUGUCAGAUAUUAAAAUAGUUACUAUUGUUCACAGUAAGUUGACUGCUUCCAGAAAUUUCCAGCGAUUGCUAAGACAAAAGCAAACACAUCACCUACCUAAAUGUGACCAUCCUUGCAUUGUAUGAACUUUCAAGGUCAAGCCAACACAAAGGACCCAUAGGCAAGAUAUCUACCACAACCAGUUCUCCAUAAAGAAGACAACUGAAAUCUAUAGAGAUAGUAGGAACUGC